AUGAUUUUUAUGUUGCAGCUGCCACUGAAUACAAAGCAAGAACCAAAACUCAGGAUCACUGAAGAGAAUCUCUACUAUCGUCUCGUACUGGUGAGUCUAUAGAUUGGACAUAAUUUGCUUACAUUACAUUUCUACUGCCCAUCUUAGGCCGCUAGAGGAGGAAGACGAGCCCAAAAAUGAACCGAACUCAAUUCUUCGGUUUCGUUCUUAGGCAAGGUUUCAUACACUUAAAAACUUUGACUGUCGGCCUUACACACAAGGCUCCCGUCAAAUUGUAAGAUUGGUUAUCUGUUAUUAAAAACGUCUUUUAAACCAAGCAAAGUUAAGUCAGUCUCCAGCUCGUGGUUCGUCCUUUGUCAACUAUUGCCUUUAAUGAAUUUUCUCUGGCAUUAACAAAGUACAUCUGAAUGAAAACAAAACGAGCAUAGAAAGCCAACAUAAUUGCCGGCAUAGAUUUCAGCUUCGGCCCUUUAGUCUCCAGAAAUAUCACAGAUACUCGAAAGCGACUCCCUAUCAUGCCAUGCGGCCAAUGUAGACUUGUCUUCCAUAAUUAUUAUGUUAGAUGUAAUAGUAAAAGACGAUAGAAAAAUCUUUAGUAAAAACACGUCGUAUGAAAAUUAAUGAAAAGUAAAUAUAUGACACCCACAACACUAGGCAAGACAUAAUACUAAGCAAACAGCUUUGCACUUGCUAAUAUUUUUGUGGUAGUCUACUCCUCCCUCUUUGAAGACGUGCGAGAGAUUUAUUUUCGCUCGCUCCCAGGGUGAUUUUAUUUAUGAAAGACGUACAUAUGAAUAAACAAUUUCAAACAUACACAAAGGACGGAACAAACUUUUACUUUUCAAACUACUAAUCUCGCAGUUUCGAUGGGCCACAAUUUAGAUCAUGGCCCAUUCAAACAACAGUAGUUAGACUAAAUUCCAUCUCAAGUUGAUUGCGCUGAAAGCAAAUGCCAUUUAUCGGCCAUUCACAAAAAUCUCAAGUUGAUUGCCAUGAAAUGUCAAUUUAAAUCGGUUUCUGUUGUUAUUCAUGGGAUCGCUCAGGUUUUCUUUCGCGAAGUAUUCUAGUACCUUAUAGAUUACUGUGCAAAUUCUGAAAGCCUAAGGAUUUUCACGAACGCUCACCGCUGGAGCUGAAACGUUUCUCUUUCUGAAAUAUUACGUAAUUUGGCGUGGACUUUUUUCUGUCCCAUGGCGAGUUUACGUUGUUACGAUGUUACUGUAAAUAAAGUACACAGAUCGCCUGUCGUUCUCUCCCUCUUCUCUCCUGCACUUACACUAUCGACACCAUCCUGUUCCUCAACGGACCGAGAUUUUUUCCACUCCCCUCCCCCCCAACACAAACGAACACACACAUAUGAACUCAACACAUGAACGCAACAUCCAGUGCUUCGGCAUAAGGCCGCUUAAUUUCAUGACAUAAAGAAGGCCAGAGAACAUAUAUUCGUUCACGGGCUACUUCACUCACUACCGGUAAGAGUUCUUCAGUGUAGAGAAUUUGGCUUUUAUUCAGACCGUUUAUGAGACCUGCACAAAAUAAUGUACAGUCGAACCUGUCUUUUACGAACACCGAAGGGACAGAGCAAAAUGCCCGUAUUAGAGAGGCACCCUUCACCACAAUGAUGUCAGUUUUAACAGUUCAGUGACUAAACACAGGCCCACAUUUUUCUUUCAAGUGUAUUUAAACUGAUCAAUAGAGAGCUUCAGAUUCUAAGACGAGUACGACUACGAGAACAAGAUUUCCUCAAUAUUGAAUAGUGCGCGCGCUUGAAUCAGCGUCAUUUUGGCGAGAAAACAUGAUAGCCGUCGUAGUACUGUCAAGCAAGUUAUUUACUUUUAGAAGUUUUAUCGAUAUGCGAUCGGGAGCGGGCUUACCCCCGUCAAUAAAAUAACCUUGCUAACUCUUCUGGUGAAAAAAAAAGCACAAUGAAGUUUCCCCGGGUGUAUAUUUUUUUGAGAUUAUACGGAAAACUUAAGGUCACUAAAGGUCUCUGUCAUUAACGCAGUAACGUACUAUUAAACAAUUAUUCCACGAGUGUGCGUAGCGCCUCGUUGGCUAUAAUUAUCUCACACCCAACAAGCGCGAGUAGAAUCAUUGUUUUGUUAAAAACGCCCACAAAAUAUGGAGAAUUCUUCCCGACUUUAUUUGUAAAAACAACCGACUUUUCAGUUUGUUUUUAAUUUUGAGACAACGCGCACAGUUACCAUAUUCGGAGACCGUGGUAUUAUGGCUCAUGUACCAUGAUGGCUUAGCAAAUCAGAGCUCUAGAAUUGCAUUAUCCAGUGAUUCAGUUUUUAAUAAUAAUAAUAAUUAAUAGACUGUACAUCUCAGUUACCUACACAAACACUUUCCCUUUUCUUCUCUUUGGUCACAUGUUAGGGUAUUUUUUUUAAAAUUUAAACUCCAGUUGAAGGUAAUUCAAUAAAGCGCUGAUAUAUAUUACUGGCGUACCACAAUUUAAUUAACAAACUACCAUCUGUAUCUGUAUUCUGCGUUUUCGAUCAUGGGACCAGCAUCAAAGGUUUGGGUUACUGGGCGAUAGUAUUAAAAUGUGUGUUGGAGAAGAAAACGAUUGAAAUGUCACUUCAUCAAUACUUUGUCGCAUUUACAAAUACAGUGGCCCGUAAAAAUGCAGAACUGCACGUUCUGCGCAUGCUUCCGGGUAUUUCGUUUUAGGUUGUUUACACAAUCUCGUUCCUAGAGGCGGCGAUCCUUUUGGUCAGAGACGGGGAUGGACUCCUGGGUAGAUUGGCUGUUUACAGCCUCUGUAGAGGUUGGAACGAACACGACAAACUGCGCUAAGCCGGACGCCUUGUGAAGCCUAUACAACACAUCAUUCACUUGGUUUUCUGAACUCACUGCAAUCUUGUGGUACAUUGUGUAGCCGUCAUAAGGUGUCCGACCUCCUUAACCCAGCUCAACAAACAGCACUGAAGGGCAGAAAUAGCGCUCAUAAAAAAGAUUAAGAGAAAAUAGACGGUUGUGAAUAAUCUAUUUCGCUUGACAUAAACUGGGCGUUCCGUGUAGAUUGAAUAGUUUGAACGAGUCAAAGGAACGCAGGUGAUAAAAACAAUACACAACCAAACAAAUUUACGACAAUGAUCACUUAAUGGCUUCUGUGGUCUUCUGUUUGAGCAACAAUGAAAAAAAUAGCUAGCUCCGGAAAUGGCGAUUUGAGUGAUCAAUGCAACCUCUAAUGCAUGUUUCAUCGACGCCACCCGCCUUCGAUGAACAAUCCAUUACAAAUUACGAUCAAAUGUUCUGUUUGUAUGCAAAUAUAUUUAAUGGAACGCUAUUCAAUAUUUGGACAGGAGCUACACACUUGACCUCCUAAAUUUUUACCUCCUUUUCUAAUUAUACUGCCCCCUCUUUGAAGUGGUAUAUUCCGGCCGUAUAAACAUGCUAUUUUUUUUCAAUUAUUCCUUUGGUACAUCUGGUAUUUUUCCUUGUUUAUAACCGUGCGACUACUUAUCACCCGAGAAGUAUCUCUAAAGAAAAGGGAAAAAAAAAACAAAACAAUUUGAUCAGUUUUAUUGCAAAAAAUUAAAGAGUCAUCGGAUCGGAGGGCUUCUAAAUUGAAUGAUAGUAAUCUGGUAAAACUUUGCGUUAACCUCAAACAACCUGACAAAACACUUAAUCUCAACGGCUUGGUUGGUCGGCAUUGUUAAAAAUACAUUUAAGCAAGAAACUUAUACCGUGUAAGUGGAUAUUUCAGAACCAACAGCUGUGCACUUGUCGUGCAUAAAAAUGAAUAUUUUCACCUUUAUUAAAUAAAGCUGUUCUUGGUAUGCACUCCAGGACCCAAUCUCUUAAUACCCUGUUGUGUGCUUCGCAACAAUAAUCUCAAGAGUUGAGAUAUAUAAUAUUACUUUUCUGCCAAAUAGCAAUUUAACAGAGGUUCCCGUUUGGCUUUAAGCAUCCUUUUGUUCAACAGUUACCGCACAUUACGUAGCUUUGUUCAAGAGCAAAUUACCCGUAAAUGUAGUUUGCAAGAUCAUGCAAAUUCACGGUGAUUUCAUGUUAUUAGCUAGAGGCACCCAUUUGUUUCACAUCGAUGCGUGCUUUUUACUUGCCCAUGCAGAGAAACAAGAUUUGACAUCAUUUUCCGCAGGAUGUCGAGAGUAGAUUUUAGGCGGCAGGUUUUACUUAACAAAGAAACCUGGCGAAAAGAGUUUCGCUGGAACCGAUCAUCUUAGAACUCACUCAAGGACAUUGUUUGUUUUAUCGCCUGGGAUUAACAAUUGUUAACAUUUGGGCUGUAUAUUGUUGUUUCUUUGAAACAGGAAUGGCUACAGGAGCCAAACUUACAAACUCGACGUCAAGUGCACUUACAGAAGCUCUGCCUACUCAACUGGCCAAGAUAAACCCAGGAAUAACAAAUAUUGUUCUAGCAGUGUUCGUCGCCUUGCAAAUCGUUGUAGCUUUGGGAGGAAAUUUUCUCGUAGUGGCAAGCUUUUACACAUUCCGGGAUCUACGGACAAAGUGCAAUUUUUUCAUCAUCUCUUUAGCAGUCAGUGAUAUUUUGGUGGCUUUCAUCGCUAUGCCAUUCUGGUUCACAAUACAACUAACCGAUAACAAAUGGAUUUACAGUAAGGAGCUGAAACAAUUUUGGGACAACACGGAUAUUUUGUGUGGCACGGCAUCUAUAAUGAACCUAACAGCAGUAAGCUUCGACCGCCAGCUGGCCAUCACCUCUCCGUUUAGCUAUCCCAAGAUCCUAACAACUCGGCGCGUAAUUUAUAUAAUAGGUUUCGUCUGGUUAUACGCUGCGGCUAUAUCAUGUUUAAGGUUAAUCAACGCACAUGAUAUCGACUGGCCAUAUCCGAACUAUCUUUACUUCGUCUCCACUGUAAGCUUCUUUCUACCUUUGCUCGCGAUGCUUGUUAUGUACACUCGUAUCUACCUUGUGGCUAGAUACCAAGCUAAACGCAUCGGGAGAAACUACGCGUCUGAUAUUAAAGCCGCUAAGACAAUCGCAGUGGUAAUAGGAAGUUUUGUCAUCUGCUGGCUUCCGUUUUUCAUGGUUGUGCUAUCAUGGGCAAGCCCUGCCUUAGCUCCUCUACCAACCACUUUCUUCAACAUAGCAAAAUGGCUCGAAUAUUUGAAUAGUUGUCUGAACCCAAUUAUCUACACGUGCUUAAACCGAACCUACCGAAACGCUUUCAGGAAACUGUUUCGUCGAUGCCGGUCCAAAAUUAUGAGAGACAACAGAGACCCUGCUUUGGGCACAACGUGGAUGAGCAUGGCCGAAACACACGCCAUAACGCAGGCAGGGCGCGAAUUGUCAUCCGACACAAACGGACCUAUGAUUUCUAACGGAGGGGCGAUCGAGGAUGUUAAUGAGAACUUGCCUCUUAAAGAUGCGUUAUGAGAUUGCCAACAGUGUUAUCUAAAGAUUGAUUUUGCAUCUGAAUGCCGUCGGUCAAAUAAUUUAAUAUUUAUAGAAAACCUGAUCCUUACACUUAAGAGCCGGUUGCUUAAACGAGUAAAACGGUUGACAAACAAAACUGUGUUUGAGUUAUUUCCAAUUUGGCCCGUCUAAACAUUGUUAACCGGAAACAAUAUCAAUGAAGAACGUAUCAAGCGCGGACUGGAAAGUCGGUAAUCAACUUCAUAGCAAUACUGGAGAUCUAACAAUUGUCUCAAACCGCAAGUUAAGUUCGCUUCGUUUUUUGCAAGCGGCUCAUGGACACGAGCGUAGUUCUAAAACAAUGAAUUUGCUGAUAGAAAGAUAAACAUCACCGGGAAAAGUAGGAAGAGAUAAUCUUUAAACACUGCCUAUACAGAUAGGUGCUUGACUUCAGCACGAGAAUUUCUAUUGUUAUUAACAUGUUUGAAACUUUUGAAAAACUUUUUUUAAGGACGUUGUAAAUAAAGAGCGAAAACACAAAGAGGAAAUGUAACAACGCAAAAUGUCUCGAAAAUUUAGCAAAAAGUAUUGUUAACUUUAUUAUUAACUUUCUCGUUUACCAUAAGAACUGUCAAUAACCUAAGGGCAAAAACACUAAAAGCGCAAAUUUUUCUAUAAUUUUUUAGGUCUUUCAAGAAUUUUCAAGCCAAAUGUCUAAGUUCUGCAGAAUGUUAUAAAAAGGAAAAACGUACAAAAAUUAAGUCGCACGAUAAAGCCGCGUAUCAAAAACAUCGCUGACUUGGAUGCAAAAAAUGGUUUCACAAUGAAACGGAGUAGAAAUAACCCCAAAUAACAACGUCUGGAUCAGAGUUCGUGUAGACUUUCCCGCUGUGAAUCAAGCUUCAUGAGAGCAGUGAUAAUUUAUGACUUUUAUUUAACUCAAGACAAAUUAUUUGUACAGAUAAGCUGAAGAGCUUGCUGAGAACAAAUUGGUUCAUAUAAAGAAACUUUAACAAAUUAGUAAGGACGACUGGAAAUAAUUAAAACUUGAAAUGCCGAAGAGUCUAAAUCAAGAGUAUUACCAAUGUCAACAAAAACCGGCGGAAUACUCUACGAGUUAGAAAUGCAUAGUGGCCGUCGAAGUCCAUCGCAUAUUAAUUAUAUUGUAGCAG